GGAUCCACGCGGCAUUGAUGAUUGCACCCAAACUGCUCGACAAAAAGCGUGAGCCAAACUAUCAUUUUACAACCCCUCUCUCUCUCUCUCUCUCCCCCAAUCUCCGGUCGGCUUCCAGCAGCAGCAGCUCCACCACCACCACCAACAGUACACGACGACCCAACACAGUGAUCGGGGCCUUUUUAAAGUGAAUUUUCCUUUUGUUGUCUUCUCAAUUACUUCAGGAACAGAGAAUCCGCUUUACCCAUUUCCACUCCCCGCUUCUUUCGGCUUUUUUUCUUCCUCGAAGGGCGUCGAGUGAGGUCGUGGUCGUUCUUGUGAUCCGCGCUCGCCCGCCCGCUCGGCCGCCCGCGCGCGCGCACGGGGAGAAACCCGGGAUCGGAACGAGCGGGGGUGAAUAUAAUAUAACCCCCCAACCCCCGCGGAGGGUCCAUGCUGGUUGGUGGUGGGAUGUGGGGUUUCCCUUUCCUGAGUUGUAAAGACCCACUCUUGUUUUGGUUGCCCUCCUGACGACCACAAUCGACGCAGCGAGAGAAGAGAGAGACAGAGACAGAGACGGAGACAGAGACAGAGACAGAGAGGGGUAGGCGCUUGUGUGGCAUGGCAUGUCUGUUGGUUUUUGCUUCGGUGAGAGGGAAGCAAUAAUUACAGGGUCACUUUCUAUGUCUCUCCCUCUCUCUCUCUCUCUCUAGCCUCGAAGCUGAGGUGGGUUUGACUCGUUGUUGAUCUGGGGAGGAGGGGUUGGGGUAGUUCCUCUCAUGCUUGGGUGAUGGCUCCUGCCGGCAAGGUCUAUGGGUUCCAUCGAGAAGGCAAUGACUGGUUUUGCAGUGCGGCUUUGCCAAGUGACAUCACAAUUAUCGUGGAAAGCAUCAACUUUCAUCUUCACAAGUUCCCUCUCGUAUCGAAAUGCGGGAAGAUAGCAGAUAAAUGUGAAGAAUCCCCGAGCAGUGAAGGCAGGACUUUCACAUUAGAGCUGGAUGAUUUUCCUGGUGGCCCCGAUUCUUUUCUUGUCGCUGCCAAGUUUUGUUAUGGUGUUCGUGUGGAAUUAACUCCUAGGAACAUUGUGACAGUCUACUGUGCAGCAGACUUUCUCGAAAUGACAGAUGAAUAUGGAGAAGGUAACUUGCUUUCCAAGUCAGAAAGUUAUUUCCACAAGAAUGUGCUUCGUAACUGGAAAGAUUGUAUACUGGCUCUCCAAAGUUCCGAAGCUGUCACAAGUUAUGCUGAGAAACUUCAGAUAGUUAGCAAAUGCUUGAACGCACUGUCCAUGAUGGUUUGUACCGACCCAAGCUUGUUUGGAUGGCCCAUGAUGAUGUAUGGAAGCUUACAAAGCCCCGGUGGCAGCAUUUUAUGGAAUGGAAUAAACACAGGAGCAAGAAUUCGAAGUUCAGAAUCUGACUGGUGGUUUGAAGACAUAUCAUAUCUAAGUGUUGGGGUGUUUGAGAGGCUUAUUAGGACAAUGGAAUCAAGAGGUGUUAGGUCCGAGAAUCUUGCUGGUGCUAUUAUGCAUUAUGCUAGAAAAUAUCUGCCUGGUCUGGGCAGAUGGCAAGGAGUGCAAAGUGGCAAAACCAGAACAGUUGCUAGUUUUAGCUUAACGCCUGUCAUUGUCGAUCAAAGGGUUCUACUUGAAAGCAUUGUUAAUCUUCUCCCUGAUAAGAAGGGGAGAUCUUUUUGUCGCUUCUUGUUGGGGCUCCUUCGGGUUACGUUCAUCUUGGAUGUCAAUUCUACGUGCAGAGAUGCAUUGGAGAGGAGAAUAGGGAUGCAAUUGGAGUUGGCUACCCUAGACAGUCUUCUGAUACCUACAUACUCGGAUUCCGACACUUUGUAUGACAGUGACUGUAUCGAGCGGAUUGUCCAUUAUUUUGUUUCUCUUGAGUCAAAGGCCUCACCAUUUUCUCCUGCAUCAUUUGAGCUGGAAACAUCUCCCUCUGCUGGACCAUUAACCAAAGUCGCAAAGUUGAUAGAUGCUUAUAUUGCUGAAGUAGCUUCUGAUGUAAAUCUGAAGCCUCGUAAAAUUUGUUCUCUUGCUGAAGCUCUUCCCGAUACUUCAAGAGUCUUGCAUGAUGGACUAUAUAGAGCUGUGGAUAUCUAUCUCAAGGCACAUCCGUGGCUCUCAGACAAGGACAAGGAAGAACUUUGCAAUGUCAUCGAUUACCAAAGACUGUCCAUUGAUGCCUGUGCUCAUGCUUCCCAAAACGAAAGGCUGCCACUGAGAGUCGUUCUACAAGUUUUGUUCUUUGAGCAGAUGCAACUGCGAACAGCUUUAGCUGGUUGCCUUAAUGUCUUAGAUACUGAAAGUGCAGCAGCAGGUCCAGUGUACGCUCCAAGCAACAUGGCUGGACAAAUUGUGCAGAGAGAUGGAUGGGUGGCAGUAGUGCGUGAGAACCAGGUUCUCAAAGUCGAUAUGGAGAAGAUGAGGUCUAGGGUGGGGGAACUUGAAGAAGAAUUCAGCAAAAUAAAACAAGAGAUGAGAAAGGUGGCCAAAUCACAUAGCUCUCUUAGUUCACCUCGCUUGGUUGCCAGGAAAAUCGGUUGCAAGCUUCUUCCACGACCUUCGGACGCUCAACCAGAUCAUGCUGAAAGCAGUGGCCCCACUGCAAGAAAGUCGGUUGAGCAAGCACAGCCUUCUCGUCAUUUUAGACACCGAAAGAGUUCAUCCUUAGUCUGAAAAUUGAUCUGGAAAAGGUUUUGGUCUUUUCUGAUACCGAAUAUGGAUAUUGAUCUUGGAAGACAGUAUGAGGAGGAGCCACAGUCAAGAUUGGAGGCUUCUGGAGGCUCCUCCUCAUACUAUCUUUUUCCUUGGCUUUAUUUUCUAGUCAUUUUUACAGGAAUGGAUAGAAGAUGAUACUUAAAUUAGUAGAUGACCCCCAACUCCAGCAUACAUGUAAUGCCUAGUUUCAAAGAUGUAGACGCAGGGUGGUCACUGAUAAGCUCGAGGCAGUUCUCACAAUUGAGCAUAAAUGUAUAAGCUUUGUUGUCCAGUCAUGGUGGAUAGGUGUAUCUCUUCGGUGCUUCUUUUUGCACCUUCUGUAAUCAUGGUGUCAUACAUGUACAGUUCAUGUACGGAUUUAUAGAUUGUGAACAGAGUUUCAAGAUCGGACAUUAUAUAUACAAACUCCUGAGCAAUGUUGCACGCUUC